GUUCAAAGGUUUACAACGUUGAAAGUAUGCAUGGACUUUAAGACAUGAGAACUCUACCGCACGUCUUUUACUCUCUACUGACCAUGCUCCAUUUCUGUACAGGAUAUGAUAAAUUGUCUCUUGGAAAACCCACAAUCCAAAGUAACCUACAUCCCUGUCGUGGAUGUGAAGCCAGCCAUGCAGUUGAUGGAGACCAUUCCACAUGCGUAAACACAGAAGAUGGCUUCCCUGUGACGUGGCACAUAGAUCUCCAGGAAGUCAAAAGCAUAGCCAGAAUUUCGAUAUUCUACAACACUUCUGGUAUUCAAGGACAAGUUCACAAUUAUGAAGUUUAUUUGUCCAAUACAGCUCAGUGGCAAAACAGCUUUCUGUGUGUUAAGGAUGCCUUGAGCUAUGUACUACCAGGCUUAGUGGGAAAUUGUCAGGUCUUUGCACGUUACGUAAUAUUCCAUAAUGCAGUAGCGUCUGAUGAUGCGAAUUCGGCUGUUUUAAAGUUCUCUCCAGUUUGCGAGGUUAUAGUAGAGGGAUGUGAACAGAGUGGGACAUAUGGUUUAUACUGUGACAAACGUUGCCCAGAAAACUGUCGGGAUAAUAUAUGCCGGAUUGAGGGCGGAGAUUGUUACAGUUGCAGAGAUGGUUGGACCGGGAAUAAAUGUGAAAAGCCAUGCACAUCAGGAUGGUUUGGGAGAAACUGUUCUAAGCACUGUAGUGAAAACUGCAUCGGGGGCAAUUGUGAUCACGUUGAUGCCAUUGGGACAUGUAUCGAUGGCUGCAAGCCGGGAUGGAUGAACAGAACAUGCAACCAGGCAUGCUCCUCAGGAUGGUAUGGAAGAAACUGUUCUAAAAGCUGUAGUGAAAACUGCAUCGGGGGCAAUUGUGAUCACGUUGAUGGGACAUGUAUAAAUGGCUGUCAGCCAGGAUGGAUGAACAAAACAUGCAAACAGGUUUGUUUCCAAGGUGCAUAUGGAGAAAAUUGUUCACAAAAAUGUGGUGGAAAUUGCGCCAGAAACAGAACUUGUAAUCCAGUGGACGGGUCGUGCGGUGAUUGUGCGGAGGGAUACGAUGGAGUCAAAUGUGAUAAGCAGUGCGGCCACUGGAGGACACCGGCUCUAGUCCGCUUGCCGUCAUUGUUGGGGUACCUGUAUCUGUGCUUGUCCUUAUUGUCAUCAUUGUUACGGUCAUUUGUAUCAGGCGAAAUUUUCUUAGAUGCAAAGAGAACCCUCAAAGCUCAGACUGUGCGAUUAAAGCUGGUACAUCGACAAGGACGGGAGAUGACUCACACCAAUACGAGGCCUUACAUUUUAAUCGGAACCACAUAUAACGACUAUCUUCAUUUUUUCAUCGUCGGAUACUUGUGGUUGACUCCAAUCGUGCGUAUCCGACGAUGUAUUUUUGUGGACGGACACAAUCUUGAACGUAUUUUAGCAGGAAUUAUUAAUGAAACCACAUAUAUAAAGGCCUUAAAAGGGUGGAUACAUAGUUGAAAACGAUUUACUUUUCCUUAGCAAUUUUGAAAUUACCAAACAGCAUCUCUAGAUAGGAUUGUGCAUUUGUAUUUAAUUUGGGGGGAAAAGAGCACUUGAUUAUGUAGAUUGGGAUUUUCUCUUUGAAGUGUUCAAACCGGAAGGAGAAAAUACUUUUUGAAAUGAACAAAUGCAUUAAAUAUCAAUGCUAACAUUAGAAUUAAAACACUGGGUGAUUAUUUCAAAUAAAUCUUAUGACUAGAGGAAUGGGACAAGGAUGUACACUAUCGACCCUCUUAUUUCUCUUUGUAGCUAACUUUCGAGCUAUGAAAGUUCGAAAAAGGAAUCGAAAUAGAUAACAAAAAGUAUAUUUACAUGCAGACGACUAAAUGUAGCUGUACAGGGUGUAACGUCAAUGUAUUGUACGGAAUUCAUGGAUUCUGUGAACACACUGGCUUAAAAGACCUGUUGAUUGCCUAGGAAUUGAUAAAGGGUGUCGAUAAGUGCCAGGAUAAAACUUUGGCAAAAGUUAGCUAUGAUCUUGAAAAGGAGUGAAUUCCACUUGUUGUUACUGUGUCCUUUUCAAAAAUGUAACGAGUCGACAGUAUAUUAAUUAGUUUGGGUUUGUAAAUUGUUUAGGGGGGGGGGUGUUGUUUACGUCCCAUUCGAAAAAAAUUCAAUCGUAUAGAGACGUCACUGGCAUUGGGUGAAGUGCAAAGAUGCAGUGACCAAGAAAUAUUUGACAUCACAAACCGACAUAGUAAUUUGCUUUUGGAAGACGUUUUCCCUCUGGGUAAGAGUUCUAUGGAUAUAACGCUGUUUCCGUUUAGUUAUUAGCGACCUCCAGGAGGCGGUCGAUUAUACAUAUCUUGUGGUUUAAAUACACGGCCAUGGUUAACUGACGGCAAGCAUUAUAAAGUAAUGAUCUUAUUUAUAUAUAUUCAAUACAACCUAUCAUUGGGUCAAAUGCUGUCUGACGUGUUUCAUACCGAUUAUUUAGCCGUUCUUGGAACACUGAUUUUGACUGCGGAUAACUCCGCUUACCUGAACAGGAUAUAGGGCUCACUGCGGGUGUGACCGGUCGACAGGGGAUGCUUACUCCUCCUAGGCACCUGAUCCCACCUCUGGUGUGUCCAGGGGUCCGUGUUUACCCAACAAUCUAUUUUGUAUUGCUUAUAGGAGUUAUGAGAUUGAUCGCUGUUCGUUAUCUUCACCUUGCAUUCAAAGCCAUCAUCAUCAUUCGAUUAUUCUAUUAAAUCGAGUUACGUUAUUUGCAUAUACCGAGUAUCUUAAAUAACGUGAUUUUUCAGAUCUAUUUGUAUGCUAUUGUAAUCCGGAUCAGUAUACAGAAUCCUUUAACUUUCACUAUUAAUUUUCGUACAGAAUUUCAUAACAUCAUGUUAUUCCUUCCAAUAAUGAUUUUUUAGUUUUCAUUAUUUUUUAAUCAUACGUUUUAUUUUAAUCCUUUUUAGCUCACUUGAACCGAAGGCCCAAGUGAGCUUUUCUGAACAAAAUCUGUCCGUUGUCUGUCGUCGUCGUUUUCACAUUUUCAUCUUCUUCUCCAGAACCACUGGGUCAUUUUCAACCAAACUUGGCAAAAAGCAUCCUUGGGUAAAGGGCUUUCAAGUUUGUUCAAAUGAGGGGUCAUGCCCUCUUUAAAGGGGAGAUAAUAACAAAAAUGCUAAAUUUAGGAAGGGCCACAAUAGGGGAUCAAAGUUUUACAUACAAAUAUAUAGGAUAAAUCUUCUUCUCAAGAACCAAUGAGCCAGAAGAGCUAAGAUUUACAUGAAAGCUUUCUGACAUAGCGCAGAUUCAAGUUUGUUCAAAUCAUGGCCCCCGGGGGUAGGUUGGGACCACUAUAAGGGAUCAAAGUUUUACAUGGGAAUAAAUAGAGAAAAUCUUUUUCUCAAGAACCAUUGGACCAGAAGACCUGAGAUUUACAUAAAAGUUUCUUAACAUAGUUCAGAUUCAAGUUUAUUCAAAUCAUGGCCCCGGGGGUAGGUUGGGGCCAUAAUAGGGGAUCAAAGUUUUACAUAGAAAUAUAUUGGGGGAAAUCUUUAAAAUUCUUUCUUCUUGAGAAUCAAUGGCCCAGAAGAGCUGAGAUUAACGUGAAAACUUCCUGACAUAGUGCUGAUUCAAGUUUGUAAAAAUCAUGGCUUUCAGGGGUAGGUUGGGGCCAUAAUAGGGACUAAGGUUUUACAUGCAAAUAUACAUAGAAAGUCUUCAGAUAUAGGACAAAGUGACUCAGGUGAGCGAUGUGGCCCAUGGGCCCCUUGUUUAGAUAUUUAUUUGUUUAUCUCCUCUUCAUGUUUUUAGAUUUUUGUUUCUUUUUCGUUGGUAAUAUAUCCAUGUUUCGUUGUAAAAGUAAGACAAAUAAUUUAUUUGUAAGUUUCAAUCAAUUAAUGUCUUCAACUUUCAGGUUUUCAGAAUAUUAAAUGAAACAAAUCCAUUUUAGUUUUGUAUUUAUUUGUAUAUAAGUACUGUCUUUCGAAUGUUUUAAAGAUUGACCUUGCAAGCUUGUGUUCUGCAUGAUAAUUAUUGUAUAGUAUUCCUCUCCAGUUUUGAUAACUAUGUUUAAUCUCAUGGCUUUUAAUCUGUCUUUGAAAACUAUUUCAGAUGACGAAGUGUUAAUUAAUGCAAAGCACAAACUGUUUUUGAAUUAUGCCAUAAUUUCUGGUCUAUCCGUCUCUCUCUCUCUCUCUCUCUCUCUCUCUCUCUCUCUCUCUCUGUUAUACUGCCUUGGUCAUAACCUUUGAAUGGUUAGUGAUAGGGCUUUAAUCCAAUAUUUUACAUGUGUAUUCCUUAAAACAUGACCUUUCUUUUGGUACCAAAAGUUUUGACAUCAUGACCUUCGCCUUGGAGUUUGAAAUACUUAAACCUUGCUCAUAACUUUUGAAUGUUGAGUGAUAGGGUUUUCAUGUUUAUGAAUUCCUUGUGACAAGACCUUUCUUUUGGUACCAAACAUACUUAGCUGCCAUACAGGGCAUCAUUUUUUCAAAAAUACAUCUUGUCAUCGUCGCAAACCCACGAUGGAGAGAGGAACGAAUCGUAAUCAACCGUGGGUUUCCGACGAUGACAUCUUGUUAGAAAUCAAAUAACUAUAUCGUUUAGAUAUUUUUAUGAUUAAAUAAUUAUACAAAUG